UUUCAGUACCAAAAGCGGUAACCCCGAGCUACACUUGGGCUUACCAUGGAGCGUUGCAUAGGGAGUCCCUGCAGCGCUUACCUUGUCCUUCUCUCCCACGAUGCGUCCCCUGCAGUGUUCCCGGCCAUCUCCUCCGGCCGAUGCCAGCAUCCGGCUUCCGUGUUCCGGUCCCUGUGACGUCGGGACGUAUGGGCAAAUUUGAAAUUUUUAAAAAAAUUUCAUUUUUUUAAAAAGGAUUAUUACAUACAUUUUGUCUCUACUGCUUUGUCCUGUCCCCUGCCUGCAUUUUGACUGUUCUUUCUG